UCCUUUUAGGAGCCGACGUUCACCCAGAAUUGUUCGUCGAGCCAGUAAGGCACUCCUAUCUGACAGAAUACAUUUCCACUGGUAUAAUAAGGCCGCCCAACUGCGACGGAUCCAGCGUUUUGAGGAUUUCAUCACCAGGUCUGUGGACAUUAAUGACCAAACCCGCAUUUUUACUGCUGUUAACAGUUCAUUUUCCAAGAUUUUCAAGAAGCAAAAAGCACUGCACAUUAAAAAAUUUUCCUAUCUCACAUGUCAGCAAAAAUCAGCUUCUACUUCUACUUCUACAGAGUCCAAAAAGUUUGUUCUGAAUCUCUCCAAACACGUAUUAACGAACCCCGAAGAAGCAGUCCUGCAAAAAGGAUUGAAUUUUGCAGUGAGUAAGCCUCACUCAAACUUAGACAUAGCCUGCGCAGUGGAAUCAGUCAUCCCACAACUUCCACGUGCGAGGGGGUUGGAAUUCAGAUGGAGGAUUAGAGCCAUGUUGGAGAAGACCAGGUCCCCACGGAACAACAUCAACAUACAGGAGAUGGCAGCUAUAAAAUCUCUGAAGCGAGACAAGGACAUCAGGAUCAUACAGGCAGAUAAAGGUAAUUGCACUGUGGUACUGAAUGAAGUCGAUUACCAAAGCAAGUUAAAUACCCUACUACAAUCUGGGGUUUACGAACCAAUAGAAAAAGACCCAACUUUGAAGAUUGAGAGGAGAAUACGAUGUCUAUUAUCCAAACACAAAACAUCUCUGCCCACUAGGGUGAAACAAAGUCUCUCCCCCUAUUACACCAAACCUCCUCACCUGUAUGGCCUUCCAAAAAUCCACAAACCUGAUAUCCCACUGAGACCAAUCAUCAGUUCUAUUGGUUCUCCAUGUUAUGCUUUAGCCGGGUAUCUUCUCAAAAUACUCAGGCCCUUUUCCGGGAAGUCCACAUCCUUCAUAAAGAACUCCUACCAUUUUGUGCAAUUACUGAAUUCCAUCACUCCCCAGGCUACUGAUAUUUUGGUCAGCUUUGAUGUCAUCAACAUGUUUACCAACAUCCCGGUGGACGAGGCCUUAGUUGUCAUUGGUGAUGUGCUUCAGAAAGAUGACACAUUGGCGUCACGUUCUUGCCUGCAAUGGGAUGCGAUUAUGGAGUUGUUGGAGGUAUGUCUUAAAACCACCUACUUUCAAGUUGAUAAUAAGUUUUUCCAACAGAAGGAUGGCAUGGCCAUGGGCAACUCCCUAUCUCCCAUUGUUUGUGACCUGUAUAUGGUCCAUUUUGAGAAACUAGCUUUGGACUCAGCCUUAUUUAAGCCUUCCUGCUGGUUCCGAUAUGUUGACGACACGUUCGUGAUCUGGCCCCACGGUCCCAAUACACUUCAGAAUUUUCUCAUUCACCUCAACAGUAUUAGACCAACCAUCCAGUUUACUAUGGAAACUGAAGUCAACAACACUAUUCCGUUCCUGGAUGUUUUGGUGACAAAAACAGACGCCACCUUUUCCACCAAGGUUUACAGAAAGCCUACCCAUACGGGACGGUAUCUGAACUUUGAGUCCAACCAUCCACCCCACAUCAAGAAGGGACUAAUCUGGGGUCUUCAAAAAAGAGCCAUUAUCAUUUGCCAGGACCAUAAUGACCAGCAUAAAGAAAUAUCCCACUUAAGACGGGAAUUUCUUACGAAUGGGUACCCCCCGAGUUUUAUCGACUCUGCCUUUAAAACAAAAUCCUGCUCUCGACCAGAACAGAAUUACAUGGGUACUAUGUACAUUGCAUACGUUAAGGGUGUUUCCGAAAAAAUCAAACGGAUAGCUGAACGGUUCAAGAUCAAAACCAUUUUUCAAACAAAACAUACUCUCAAGAGUAUGUUUGUCAAGACCACUCCAAAAGGAGAACCUCAGCAUACCUCACAUUGUAUUUAUAGUAUCCCUUGUGAGUGUGGCAGAUAUUACAUCGGGGAGACUGGAAGACCGCUGGCAGUGAGACUUCGUGAGCACAAGCACACGUUCAAGGAGGGCCUUCUGGACAAGUCAAGAUUGGCCCAACACGCCUACGAGGAGGACCAUUCUGUGAAGUGGGAUGGAACGGGGAUCCUGGACCUCGAGAGGAACGCUACCGUCAGGAAAUACAAGGAGGCAGCAUAUAUGGCUUGGGCUGGCAACACGAUUAGCCAACCCAGCUUGGAUUUCUCCAUCAUUUGGUCACCCCUGGUGUUUGAGGAAAUGAAUGGCACUCAUAACAGCAAGAAGAGGGGUGAUUAGAACUCCCUAAGGUUUCCCCCCCCUUUUUUCCUUUUUUUCCUUUUCUCCUUCACUCUAUAUUCCUGUAGAAUAUUUCAAUUCUUUCUUUGCUCCUUGUCCCAGACGAUUUGGGUCUUUCAAUAAUUUUUUAUCUUGAUUCGUCUUUUUAUCUCCCAUUGACAACUUCCCACUAUGAAUUGAUCACCCUUGAUUUCGUCCCCUGCCAGUUUGUCCAGUGAUUGAGAUUAGCUUGAUCUAAGGGACCCAACUGUAUAGGAUACAUAAGAACCCUCCUUACCUUUUAAUUUUUUUCCCAUUUUUUCCCUUUUUUACCU